AUGCGGCGCCUCUUGGGGACUUUUGCUCCUUACCUGAUAACCGGUCUGGCGCUUCUGCUUGGUUACCUCGUGUUGACCGGAUAUCUGCUGCCCCGGAUGUCAGAACCCCGGGAAACAUCGCCCGCGGUCCAGUUGUCAACAGCUGUAGCCACGACCGCCCAGUCGACGUUCCUGCCCACGCCUGCCCUGAACACCCCGGCUGCGUCUUCUACACCUGCUACUGUUCCCAGCCUUACGGGGUCGAGUCCCGCAUUUACGCCACCGCAGGGAUUCUCUGAACUGGAAAAUGCUGACCAGUUGGAACGCACCGAUGCGAAGGCAGCCCACGCACUCCGUGCCUUGCCCUGGAUACGGGACGGGGUCGAAGAGGAGGAGAGGGAGGCGGCCGAAACGCUGAUAUUUUACGCUGCCACGGACAGUUCCCUGUUUUGGGACCUGGAAAGCAAGACCUGGCUAUCUACCGAGGCGCCCAGGGAUCUGGAGGAAAUUCUUGGAGACGUGGAUAACAUCCUGGCCCUUGACCCCACGUCGGCGCGAAAAAUAGUUGCCAUGCCCUUCCUCGACACCCUCGAACCCCCCGAUUUGCUGGCAAUGGAAUCUCUGGCUCGGUUGGUUCAUUCGGACCUGAACGCUUUCCACUGGAUAAUGGCUCAUCCCAACGUCAGCGACGGCAUAACUGAUGAGGAAGCCCCAGUAGUGGCCCUGCUGGCAGGCAUCAAUCGUACCAAUCCUGCGCUGCUGGAAACUGUGCUCGACGACUCCCUGGUCACCGUGGAACGACGAGAUAUCAGCCUGCCCCUCGCUGGCUCCGUGACUCUGGCCGUCAUCCGGACGCAGCCCGGGGCUACCGGAACCAUGGACCUGUUGGAGCAUGCGGUGCGAAUUUCUGAGAAGUUGAUUGGUGAGCCUUUUCCGGUGCAAUACGUGGCCUUGUUUUUCGAGGAUGCGGUAGUCAGUUCUUACACCGGAACCAACUUCGGCACUCACGCUGCUAUUCUAUCGAAGUACGACAGGGAAGGUGUCGAUCUGGCAGACGACCAGGCAGGUGAAAUUAUCGCCCACGAAGUAGCCCACUUCUACUGGGCCGGCGCCAAAAUGUGGUUGGAUGAAGGGGCCGCCGAGUUCACCGCCGCAGUAUCCGAGUAUGCCAGGACUGGAAGACCGCUGGAGCCUGACCACUAUCCCUGCAGCCAGGCGGCCAACAUAGUUGCAUUGGAAGCCCAGGAAAGUACCCUUGGCAAUGAGGGGAGUGUUUGCAACUAUGCCCUCGGAGAACGCCUCUUCUUUGAUUUGUACCGCAAUCUGGGGGAAGACUCAUUCCGGCGAGGGUUUCGUCGCCUCUAUCUCGCCCUUGAAGAAAGGGAUGACGCCGGAGCAAAGCCGGCAGGCAUAGACGAAAUAAGGCAGGUUUUCAACGAGGAAGCAGACCUCUCUACAAACCCUCAAACUGAGGCGCUGCUUGAUACCAGACCGGUAGUCGCCGAGUUGCCCACUGUUAACGGCUGGAUCAACCGUGCCUACGUUUCCCUGUUAGAAGGCGGGGCCCCAGUGAGCGCCUUCCCUCUCUCGUCAGUGGCAGACCGGGUCUGGCUUACCCUGGAAUAUUCCCACGACUACGCAGGCCCUCCCCAGGAAUUGACCUUCGAGGUAGUGGAGAAUUAUGAGGACGGGUUCCCGUACCGGCGCAAUUCCCUCACUAUCCAGGCAGACCGCCGCUACUCCGGGGGUGUCCAGUGGAUUUCCGUAGGGCCCGGGGCGGAGCAAGUGUGGGCCAUUGGUCGUCACUGGAUUUACGUCUAUCACGAAGGACGCAAGGUGGCCGAGGUCCAGUUCGAGGUCGUCCCGUGA